AUGAAUAGUGGCCUUCGCCUAUCACAUUAUGGGAGUGAUCCUGUGUUGGAUGCUACACUUUAUCGAUCUGUUGUGGGAGCCAUGCAGUAUGCCACCAUAACCAGACCUGAGAUUGCCUUUAGCGUAAAUAAGGUUUGUCAAUUUAUGCACUCUCCCCUCCAGUCCCAUUGGGUGGCUGUUAAAAGGAUCUUGCGAUAUCUUGCUGGUACGACCUUGGAUUAUGGCCUUCAUCUGAAACAAGCUUCUCAUUUUCAUCUUGAAGCAUUCUAUGAUGUUGAUUGGGCAUUUGACCUAGAUGACAGGCGCUCCACUACUAGUUUUUUCAUCUAUUUUGGUUACAAUUUAGUGGCUUGGCAGUCCAAAAAGCAAACCACAAUCUCUCGCUCUUCAACUGAAGCAAAAUUUUGA